UUGGAGCUUCGCCAGUGUUUCCGAGCAACAACAGCAGCGAGAGGCAGGAAUCCACCAGCUCUUCAUUCACUCGUUUAUUUCUACCUCUUGUUUCAGUCCUCUAUCCCUCCUGUGCUGCUGCUGCCGCCUCCUUUCAUCCAUCUCUCUCUCUCUCUCUCUCUCUCUCUCUCUCUAUCGGAGUUAGAGGAGGAGGAGGAAGAGGAGGAGGAAGGCAGGAGGGGUGGAGAGGACUAGCAUUGCGAUACUGCAGGAACAGACUGAGGAGCUACAGGAGAGACGAGAGAGGGAGAGGAAAAGGAGAGGUGGAAGAAAGGAGGAAAAGAAAAGGAAAAUCAGGGAGGUAAAUUAAAAGAAAUGAGCCUUUCAAAAGGAAAAAUUGAAGAUGGAGGAUGGGAAAAUGGGGGAAAUGAAGUAAAGUGAGUGGAUAGAGAAUGGAGAAAAGAUGGGGAAAGAUACACGGAGGUAAAGAAGAGCUAAAGGUUAAAGAGGAAAAGAUAGAAAUAGAAGAAGAAGAAGAGAGGUAGAGUGGGAAAAGUGGAAUGAAAGGCUGACGAACAGGAAAAAAAUGAGUUGGAAAAGUAGAAAUAUGGUUCAGUAAGAGGGGGAAAGAAAACUGGAAUAAAAGGAGAGAUGUGAACGAUUUCAUCUACUUGUGGGACAAAAAGAAGACGUGAAGUCAGAGCUUCAUGAUCGGACGGAGAACCUGAAGGUUUACAGGUGAAGAUGUGGUGCAGUGUUUGGCUGAAGGACGGAAGGAUCGAUGUGAAGAUGGAUGGAUCACUACAAGAAGGAUUGAACUGUCAGAUUCUUGGCAGCGAAAGCAUUUUCCAUUGACAAACGUAGCCGAAGCUCCCCAUAUCUCUGCAGAACUUUGUUCCGUUUUUCUCCAGACCAUGUCUGAGAAAGAAACUUGAACAAUUUUUCCCUGAAAACUUCCAGCCGUCGGACCGACUCUGUUCCACGUGUGAGAGAUGAAACUGGAGGACACGGAUGGAAAGUUUACUGAUCUGUGAAGGACGAUGCGAUGUGAUCGUUGUUCUGAUUGACUAAUUAAAACCUGUUGGAAUGUUCUCUGUGGCGUUCAGUGCUUAAAACAGGAGACAUUAAUUUACAGAUGAUACCUGAAAUUUUUAGGACAGAUUUGCGCAGUUGGAUUUAUUGUCUGAUUUCUAUUGGACUUCGGUGACAAUAGAAAUAUUUGAAUUACCUGAUGGAUGGGAGGUCAGUUUAAUGAAGAUCUGGACUGAUGGACAUAUGUUUGUGUGACGAAGUAAAAAGAGAAGAAAGGAACGAGGGAAGAGAUUGUAGGUAUUUGGCAUGAAUUACUCCCGUAAGAGGAAACAAGUGGGCCAAUGGCUGGAAAAUGAAAGUCAUGUGAGCAGUUUUAGUUAACAAAUCAGGAAGAAUCUUAAAAAACUCACACUUUUCCAUAGGAGUUGUUGAUAUUUUUAGACUUAAUUUGGAUUGUUGAACUAUUUCCUUAUUAUUGGACACUGUAAAAUCAUGGAAAGCUUCUAUAUUAGUUAACGUAUUUGACAGAAAUGACCAAUAACCUAUCAAGCUGCCUAAGAGUCAAAGUGGCUUGAGUUGUUUAGACAAGUGAAAUAUUGGAAGACUUGCAGAGUCACCUAAAUAUCACUUUAAGACAAGUUACUGAUGGAUGGACGUCAUUUACAAAGGCAGUUUAGUUUACAGACAUUUAAAGGAUACGUUUUCCAUUUAUAAAUGGAACAAAGUCUAGGAAAAAUAGCAUAUUCCUUAAGAUAUCUAGCAAGAAUUUCUUUGAAAACAGAGUACAGCUGGUCAAACCAGUCAUUCACUUAUACCUUAAAAGUUUAAAUUCAUUUAUGAAGAAAAAGACAUCGUUGAAAACGCCCAAAUUCCUUUAGAGUUUGCUAAAAACGCACUUACUGGCAAAUUGAUAACCAAUUUACUGAUAUUUUAAGAAAAAACUGAUGCUGUAAAUUAGAUAUACUGAUUGAUUUAAUGGAUUAUUUUAAAGAAAUUUGCAAAAGGAGUUUGGCAUGAGUCGUAUUAAUUAGAUUUCCAUAACGGAUUGAAGAACAGAUCAUUUAAAGACAAAUGGAUGGAUGGAUCAGAUGCAUUUCUAUUGCUGGAUGUUUGUUGAAGCAUGUUAAAUUAUUUUUGACCUGCUAAUUGAGUGAAAUCUUAGAAACUCACAAAUUUUCACAGGCCAAUUUCCUGAUAUUUUAGAGCUGCAGUUACAUUUUAUGACCAACAGACUGACAGCUGUUGUACCCGUUAAUAUUGUAAAGAAAAUCGCUGAAUGGUUUGAUGGGAACAACUCAAGGAUCCAUUUGUUCCAUUGGAUUUCUGCUGGAAGAGGCAGAUUUGAUUGGCAAAGAAAAACUUGUAAAACUCCCAGAACUUUUUCAACCAAGAAAGCUUCUGACAACUGGACUAAUCCCAAUAAACAGCUGAUACAGUAGAAGUUUAUUCAUAUGAUUCACAAUGAUAACAAUAUUUGGACAAAAACAAAUGUGGAUCACUGUAAAAAUAUAUUCAGGAACAAUUACAUGUCAACUGGUUAUUGAUGGACUCUGACCAGACACUUUUGGAUGCUUGUUGCACAGAACACGUUUUGUGGUUUUUGGAUCCAACAGCUGCUCUAAAGCUAUUUGAAAACUCUAUUUUCUGGAUACCGUUUGAUCUCUGAUUUGGAAAGUUCAAUUUUCUGAGACACCAGUGGCUCCACAUGCUGAUUUUUGUCACUGCCAUGUUCCACCGUUGAACAGUUUCCAUCGCUGCUCAGACUCGGUGAUAAUUCAUCAGAUUCUCCUCCUGUAAAUCCAUGAUUCUCUGCUUCUUGUCGGAAUAAGUGCGGUUCUUUGCAAUGGAUGAGAACAAGUUCGGACACGGUUCCUCUUCAAGGCGAAGAAGUCUGAGCAGAUAAUGGAUUGGAAGGAACUGGCGGCUCAGAAGCUCAGUCUGUCCCGCAGGAAGAAGUCCCAGACCGGCCCGCCCUCCUCGCCCGGUGAGGCUCCGGGACUGCUGCUGUACACCGGCGGCUUCAGCGGGGCCCUGCAGCUCUCCCCGCCCGCCGUCCCACCAUGCCUCCUUCGAGCCGGGUCCAAGGUCAAGGACACGCCGGGGAUGGGGAAGGUCAGAGUGAUGGUCCGGAUCUGUUCGGUCCACAGCAGCGAGUCCUCAGAGUCCAUGUCCUUCCUGAAGGUCGACGGCAGAAAGAAGCAGCUCACUUUGUGCGAGACCGGAGGACUCUCUGCCACCCAGAGAAGAUCGUCGUCCUCCGCACCCAAGACCUUCACCUUCGACGCCGUCUUCUCACAGGACGCCUCACAGGCUGAGGUGUGUUCAGGUACGGUGGCAGAAGUCAUCCAGUCGGUGGUGAACGGAGCAGACGGCUGCAUCUUCUGCUUUGGACAUGCUGAUCUGGGGAAGACAUACACCAUGAUUGGUCGGGACUGCUCCACCCAGAGUCUGGGCGUGGCUCCGACUGCCAUCUCCUGGCUCUUUAAGGUGAUCGAGGAGCGCAAAGAAAAGUCUGGAGGGCGUUUCUCUGUCAGAGUCUCGGCUGUGGAGAUCUCCGGUCGGGAGGAGACGCUCACCGACCUCCUGGCUGAAGCCUCCUCCUCAGCUGGGGGCCACCAGGAGGCUCCGGGCCCUGCAGUUUCCCUCAGAGAAGAUCCUGUCUGUGGAUCCCAGCUCCAGAACCAGACGGAGCUCCGGGCGACCAGCGCCGAGCGAGCAGCAUCUUUCUUGGACGCCGCCCUGGCAGCGAGGAGGAGCAGCCGAAUGCCAAACGACCAGGAGGCCCGGAGGAACUCGCACUUCCUGUUCACUCUGCACCUCUACCAGGAGAGGCAGGACAAGAGCAACAAGGCAGCAAUGUCCGGUCGGAGUCGUCUCCACCUCCUGGAUUUGGGGAGCUGUGAGACGGACAUCAGCAGGACCAGAGAGGGAGGUGGAGGUCAGUGUCUGUCUCUGUCUGCGCUGGGAAACGUCGUCCUGGCCCUCGCCAACGGAGCCAAGCAUGUUCCCUACAGGGACAGCAAGCUCACCAUGCUGCUCAGUGAAUCCCUGGGCAACAUCAACUGUCGAACCACCAUGAUCGCCCACAUCUCCGACUCCCCAACGAACUACAUGGAGACGCUGACCACAGUGCAGCUGGCCUCCCGAAUCCACCGCGUGAAGAAGAAGAAGUCCAAGUAUGCCUCCAGCUCAUCCGGAGGGGAGAGUUCCUGUGAGGAAGGCCCAUCUCGUAGACCUCCUCAUCUUCGAUCUUUCCACCCUCGAACAGUAGCCCUCGACCCAGACAUGCCCUUGCUGCUCUCCAGUGAUCCUGACUAUUCCUCCAGCAGUGAACACUCCUGCGAUACUGUCAUCUACGUCGGACCUGGAGGGACGGCCAUAUCGGACCGAGAACUAAGUGACAACGAGGGUCCACCUUCCUUUGUUCCCAUCAUUCCCUCCCUGAAUAAGAAGCGGGUCAAAGAUGCACCCAAGACUGAUGGUGAUCACUUUAAGUGUAACACAUUUGCAGAACUGCAGGAGAGACUUGACUGCAUUGAUGGAAGUGAAGGCCCAAACACAUUCAGCACAGAGGGCAAAGCAGCACAAGCAGCAGCACUUAGGACUCAGACUGUAGACAGUAAACCCUCAGAGACAACAUCUCCACCCAAAUCUGACAAAAACCCCUCCGAGAGGUUAUUAGAAAGCACAAAUAAACCUGAUCAGGAACAGUCCAGACUCCUCAUGGACCCUUCGAAAAGGACGAGUGCAGAUGGGGAGAAACUUUCAGCCACCCCCAUUCAGCCAUGUGCAGUAAAACCAGGCGGGACUUUCUCCCAGGAUUCAGAGCCUGUGGUGAGAGAGAAGGUUUACCUCAGAGGAGGUGUGCCCAAGCCAUCUGCCUCACCGUCCUUACCCAGGACAUCUAGGACAGCAGCUCAGCCUGAAGAGGGUCUCAGUAGGGCUCCCCCAGUGGGUAUGAGUCAGCAAGCCCUGAGGCAAUGCCAACCACCAGAGUCGCCUAACAUGGAAAGAGCUCAUCAUACAAGUAGAUACCCGGCAGAGAUCAACAACCUGCGGGCGGCUCUGUUAGGAAGGUGCCUGGACAGGGAUUUUCUGAGGACUACAGUCACACUGCAGCAGCCUGUGGAGCUGAACGGGGAAGAUGAACUUGUGUUUACGGUCAUAGAGGAGCUUCCGCAUAGCCUUGUCCCAGACAACGGCCGCCCCUCCAACUUCCUCAGCUUCAAUACUGACUGCUCUCUGCAAGCCUUGACCUCUGGCUCUCGCCCAGUCAGCAUCAUCAGCAGUAUCAACGAUGAGUAUGAUGCUUACACAUCUCAGCAAGGAGCUGCAGGACCUGUGGCUGACAUUAGCACCGACUACCAGGAAAUGUUGUUUUCUCAACAUGACGAAAAUCAGUCAACUGUUGGCUCAUGGCCAAGUGAGUUCAGUGCAGACUUGGCUAACAAUGAAGGCACUCAUUCAGCAAGCAAGUGUUACUUGAGGGAUAAACACAUGCCAACAGAGAGUACAUCUAUGCUGACCUCACCUAGUAUAUUUCAUAAACAGCUAUUUUUGCAGCAUGGCAUGAAGAGCGCGCUAAAUGACAGUGGCGUUGGCUUCUCAGAGCUGGACAGUGACCCUGCAACCCCAAGCAAACCUUCUUUUACCAAGUGCCCUGCCUCCCCCGACUCAACCAAAGCCUCUCCCAAAGGCUCUCUUAAGGUGAGAGCCAGUACCCUUACCAGUUCAGUGUCAGCCCAGACUCCACAUCACAACAUUCAUUCCAGUCUUCCCAGGAAAACCAAGCCUACCUCAUCUGCAUCUGUGGGCUGCAGCAGACAGGAAGGCAGACAUGAUGACUUCUUGCUUCAGGGAAGCAGCCAUUUUGAUCCCAGAGAGGUUGAGUUUCUUUCUGCUGGCAAGCCACCAAGAUGCGGUGCUACUAGCAGUUCCUCUAAGAAGUCUGGAGGAAACAGCAACAGUGUACCUCGGCCACCAAAGUCACAAAUGUCCUCCUCAGCUCAGAGGGUUGUGGAUGGUUGUGAGAAGUCCAGCAGCAGGAGGGGAGAUACUCUCAUCAAGCUGCCACGACUCACCCGAGGUGCAACAACUCUGGGAACUGUUUCCAUCCCCCAGACUUCUGAAUCCAAAUGGAGUCAUGAAGCUGCUUCAGUGAUUGGUACACUGAGGUUUUCAUCCUUGGGGAAAAAGUCAAAUGGACCAAAAAGCAGCAUGGUCUUCAAGUCUGGAUCUGGAAACAUCUCUCCUCCUGCUUCACCGGUCAGACAGUCAAGCCAAGAGCAAAAGACCAGGACUGCACUAUCUCCAAGUGCCUUAAAAACCUGCAGCAACACUGGAAAGUCUUCAUUCUCUAAAACAUCCACCUCAGAAGAGGAAUUCAAUGUCAGGCUCCGGGCAGAUUCAUUUAGCCAAAGGACAUCCAGUUUCAAAACCGAACAUGGAUCUGCCAGGACAUCUUCGAGUCUGAAGACACGAGGGGCUAAAGCAGAUUCUUCCAGGUACUAUGGGAGCCUGAUGUCUCUGGAAAGAUGUGACAGUCAAACCUUAGCAGGGUCCAAACCUGAGCUGUUCAGAGAGAGCAGUGGUGCUACUUCAGGAGGUAGCAGCAGAUCCAACAGAUCAGUGCCAAGACUCGGGGUUCCAGCCUCCACCGCCGCAUCUGGUUCUUCUUCCCAACCUUGUGGUAUUUUUGCAACUACUAGCAAACUUGGGCAGGUCCGAGGUGGCAGUGGAUCACGAGCAGCAGCUUCUGGUGGACUAAAGGUUCGAACACUGUCUACCAGCAGCUCCAAGAGCCUGAGCUCCUCCCCCAAACCUCCUGAUAACACAGCUGGACGUAAUGCCAACCUGCCGCCGACUGGUAAGUCCCCUGCUCGCUCUGGAACGGGAGCCAAGCCAGGAAGAGGCACCAUCAUGGGUACAAAGCAGGCUAUUAGCAGGGCAGCUAACAGCCGGGUUAGCGAGCUCGCUGCUGGAGGCCAAAGAAAGCAGCUCAGCAGGGGUCCUGGAGCAACAGGAAGUGACUGCGCUGACAGCGGGACUAGUGGUGUCAGUGGAUCACCACUCAGCACGCCAUUGCCAUCACCUUAUAGUAAGAUCACUGCUCCCCGGAGGCCACAGCGCUACAGCAGUGGACACGGCAGCGACAACAGCAGCAUUCUCAGUGGGGAGCUGCCGCCCGCAAUGGGGCGCACUGCUCUGUUUUACCACAGCGGAGGCAGCAGCGGAUACGAGAGCAUGAUCCGAGACAGCGAGACAACCGGCAGCACCUCUUCAGCACAUGACUCCAUGAGUGAGAGCGGAGCGUCGUCCUCCAACAGAAGCAGAGUUUCUAAAUCGCCCAAGAAGAGAGGAAAUGGUUUCCUGCGGCGGCGGCUGAUCCCAGCUCCCCUGCCGGACACCUCGUCUCUGGGCAGGAAGGCUGGCGGUCAGUGGGUGGACCUGCCUCCGCUGGGCGGCACCCUGAAGGAGCCCUUUGAGAUUAAGGUGUACGAGAUCGACGACGUGGAGCAUCUGCAGAGAAGAAAGGAGGCGGGGACAGGGUCAGAGCAGCCGUUCCACGAUGUUGAAAAGGGUCUGCUCUACUUCAACGCCCGGCUCAGGAUGCUGGAGAAGCGGCAGCAGCAGAUCAGAGAGCUGAAGAGCAAACACGAGAGGCUGAAGGUGGAGCUGGAGGAGGCCAAGAGCAGGCUGAUGCUCCACCCGAGCAAAUGGAGCGGAGAGUUCGACGUGGACCAGGAGCUGGACCGGGAGUCCCAGGAGUACCUGGAGGCUCUGGCUCAGGUCACGGCGGAGCUGGAGUACUGCGUCAACCUCUGCAAGUCCCGCGUCAUGAUGGAGACCUGCUUCGACAUCGCCGUGACGACGGCCGCCGCUGCACAGGGAGGGCAGCAGGAGGUGGAGGUGUGAGAGGAAAACAUCCGUCACAUUCAUUCAUACAGAGAAAGUUAAAGCUCAGAAAAGUGGAUUGAAGUAGGCAGAAAAAAGUGUGAGCUUCAGAAAAUGACAGAGCAAAGAAAACUGGGCUGACAGAACAUGUUGCUGACAGACUGAUGGACGAGCUCCUGGAUUUAGUUUCCACUCAGACAAGCUGCUGGUCCUGGAUCAGAUUAAUGAACAGAUGUGGAAGUGCCUUUCUAUUUAUUAUCUAAUUUAACAUUAUUUAAGUAUUAUUUUCCUUAUUUAUGAUGCUUUUGUAUUCAUCCUCUUGGUUUUUACGGUGCUGAUAUUAAUAUAUUAUUUAUGCAACAUGAUUGGGAGCAGACUGUGAGUUUCUAUGAUAAAAACAGCCUUUAGGUUUUUGCAAGAAAAGGACAAACAACAGAAGAGAAAUCAUUUAGUUAGUAUGAUAAACCUCAGAUUAUUUUGCUGCCUUUGACACUGACUCAGAGUUUCUGUGGUUUGUCUCAGAUUACGGAUGUUGGUUUGUGUUUCUGCUGGUUGUCAGCUUGAUAUUUUACUGCAGGAAGGCGGAAAAUCAGAAGAAAAAAACACUGAGUCAUAAAUCAGUGAGACCACAGACAUGAUUUUUAGAGUUUCAGUUUCUGAGGAUGUCAUUAUCUCCCAUUAUCCAGUGAGAAUAAACCGUCAGAAAUCCACUUAGAAAUCAGAGAUGAAGACCUGCCUGAGAAUCUUCCUGUUUUUAGGUUUAGGUUUAUGUGCUGCUCAGAGAAUUCAGCAGAAAUAUCAAAUCUAAUGAUGUUGUAAACUGGGCUGAGAAUGUUCCAGCUGGUUGUCGGAACCCUGUUUUUGGUCACCAGGAUCAGGUUGUAGCAGCCGUUUGUCCAUCCAGCACUAAGCUUGUGCUCCUGUGUUCUCAGUAACUAAACUGAUGCUGCAGCAGUGAAAUAUUAUAGAUGUUGUAACCUUUUGUGAAUUUGUGACUGAAUUUGUGACUAAACCAUUGCAGCUUUCGAUCAGAAAGUGUAAACAAGGACGCCAACUGCAGCUGAUGACGUUUCCAACUGUAAACCCGCCUGAAAAAAUGUAUGCAGCUGAAUCCAGUACAGGGCAGGGGGGCGAUAGGUAAGCAAAGGAAAGCAAAUCGACCAAACAAUGACCAGUCCAGGGUAUAAAUCUUCAUAUCAAGAUCCAGCUAGACGUCCAAAUGGAUACAGACAUGUAAAAUUGGCACUUUUUUAAAUGGCGUUUGAUUGGAAGAAUGGCGAAGUGUAAAAUCAAUAAUAAUAAUAACAAUAAUAAUAAUACAUUUUAUUUGUAAGCGCCUUUCUUGACACCCAAAGUCGCUUUACAGGAAAAGCAAAUGCAACAGAACAGGUAUAAACGACACAUAAAGAAAGAGGCAAUUAGAGAGAAUAAAGUGCUUCGUGUCGGGAAGGUGAAAAGAAAAAAGCUGCAGAUGUUCUGACUGAAGUUUGGCAUCAAGAUUAAGAAUGUUUGCAGAUUUCUGGAUGGAGUUUGGUAUAAAAAAUGCUAAAGAAUCUGACUGGAGUUUGGAGAAAAGUGGAGAUUUCAAAGUGGACUUUGGUGUUAAAUCUAAUCUGCAUGAGUUGGAUAUCAGCUGAAAAUCAACUGAUAAACAAAAAGCUUUUUACAAUGAACACUCCUAAAUGAAAAGCUUUGAAUCAGUUUUUGUAUUUGAGACUUUUUUAUUGAUGGUCUUCAGGAUGAUUCAUGAAAUUGCGUCAAUACAAAAGUCUUGAGUGUAAAAUCAGCUGGAGUCCGACUGUUUCUUCGAUCGUUGUUUUCAUUUUGUAAGUUGUUCUCUUCGUCCGUCUCUUUUCAAACCUUCUCAGGCUCUUCUUAAAGUUGCUGCAUGAAACGUUUUCUCCUUUCUUAUGUGACGUUCGAUCUUUGUUUCUAAGGUUUUGUGUUUGUUAGAGGACGAGACAUUUUGCCAAACUUGUUUUUUUAAAGUGAAGUUCCUCUGCUGAUGUGAGACCUUUAAUAAUAUAUUCAGACCUUUUUUUAUUUGUUUUUGUACUGUACAGUUUUCUAAUUAUUUGUAAAGAAAAGAGCAGCGCGUGGAACGGAAUGGAAAUGUACAGGACAAGUGGAUCGCCUCGUGUCAUACAUGUUAAUAAAGAUAAGAGUCUUUUUGGUUAAA